UCUGAUCUGUGCUGCUGAGGUUAAUGAUUUGCUGGUUAUCUCGUACUUAGUACGUGAGCGUGGAGUUUGGAGUCUGCCCUCCCCUCCCGAUAAAACAUAAUAGGAGAAGCUCGGACUCACUUUGCCUUUCUUUUUGGCCUUUUGGUGCCACUUCAGUCACCGGCUCCUCUUUUUUCUGUGUGUCGGUUUGAUUCACCUGGCUGCAGAAAGAGGAAACACGAUGUUGACCCUGGUUGUGCUCUUGCUUUGUGUAGCCCCCACACUCUCAGCUUCUGCUAAAGGUGUUGCUGCUGGAGUCCGACUGAACAACAACCAGCUGUACAAAUUCAGCUACAGCACCGAGGUACUGGUGGACAAGACCAGUGGCUCAAAAGAAGGCGGCGCUGGCUACAGGAUCUCAAGCGACGUGAAGGCCAACCUGGUCUGGAGAGAUCCGAGCAACAAGGACGAACAGCUGAUUCAGCUGGUGAUCUCGAACUUGAGGAUCGAGCCUGUGUCUCAGAGGUCAGAUAAGAAGAACGUCCUCCACGGAUCCACAACUGAGAGCGUUCUGGGGAAAACCAAACUAGAUGCUCUGACAAAACCCUUCAUGGUGCAUCUGAAAAAUGGAAAGACAAAAGCGUUUUACUCCUACAUGGAAGAACCUGCAACAAUCAAGAACCUAAAAAGAGGCCUGGCCAGCUUACUGCAUCUACAGGUCACUACUGGGAAGGUUGUAGAGAAUGAUGUUUCUGGAAGGUGCACAGUGGAGUACAGGGCAGUGAAAGGUCAAGUAACAAGAACCAAGCACCUGGAGACGUGUAAAACUGCAGAGACUGGAUUUACCACACACAGUAAGGUGUUGGGCGUGAGCAGGAAGUCCAGCUCUGUUACCGUGUUCACGCUGGAAGACGGAAUCGUCCACUCCGCUGUGGCUGAAGAGACGCACUCUCUGUUUGCUAACGCUCGCAGAUCCACUGCCGCCAAAGUCGUAUCCAGGCAAACCCUGACAUUUGUCGGCACGGAAGCUGGGCCGCUGGAGGCUGCUGGGAAGGAUGUCGCCGGGGUUGUCAAGUCAAUCGAUGCCAAACUGGCAGCUGUUGGUAUCAUGGCAGAGAAGGUCAAAUCCCAGUGUAAAGGGUGUCCAUCACUUUUCGAACAUUGGCAGGCUCAACAGAAGCAGCUGGAGCCAGAGAGCCUGUCCAAAGCCACGGCUCCUCGCAGCUUCCUGGCCCUCAUCCAGAGCAUUAGGAAAGCUUCCAAGGACGAGAUCCUCAAAGUGCUGAAAAGUGCCAGCAAGACAUCUCUACCCCAGGUGGUGGAUGCUGUGACCUCCUCCCAGACUCCUGCGUCUCUGGAUGCCAUGCUUGAGUUCCUCAACUUCACCGACGCCAAAGGUUCGGUUCUGCAGGAGAGGUUUCUCUACGCAUGCGGCUUUGCUUCACAUCCCAACGAGAAAAUGCUGCAGGCUCUGCUGGACAUUUCUAAAGGAAAGAUCGGCAGCAGCGAAAUCAAAGAAUCUGUGGUGAUCAUCAUGGGGGCCCUGGUCCAAAAGCUGUGCAAGAGUGGAGGGUGCGAAUUACCGACAGUAGCCCAGGUGAAGAAGAUGAUUUUAGACGGUCCCGAAUCCACAAAGGUUGAGUCCGAGGUUCAGAUGUACCUGCUGGCUCUUAAGAACUCUCUGCUCCCCGAGGCCAUUCCCAUAUUUAUCAAAUAUGCAGAGUCAGAGGUUGGCGCUUACAGCACCAUCGCCCUUACCGCCCUGCAGAAAUAUGAUGUCAGGCUCAUGACCACUGAGGUUAAACGGACGGUGAACAGGGUUUACCACCAGAAUCACAGAAUCUACGAGAAAAACGUGAGAGCCGCCGCCGCAGACGUCAUCCUCAGCAGCGAUCCCUCGUACAUGGAGGUCAAGAAUCUGCUUCUGUCCAUCGGAAACCUGCCCCAUGAAAUGAACAAGUACAUGGUGUCUAAGAUCCAGGACAUCCUCCGCUUUGAGAUGCCUGCCAGCAAAGUGAUUCGCAAAGCAAUGAAGGACAUGAUCGCUCAUAACUAUGACCGUUUUGCAAAGUUUGGAUCGUCGUCUGCUUUCUCAGGGUUCAUGGCACAAGCUGCUGAUGUGACUUCCACAUACAACUUGGACAUCCUGUAUUCAGGGUCGGGGGUCCUGAGGCGAAGCAACUUGAAUAUUUAUGGUGCUACUAAUGGAGCAACGCUACAUGGGCUGCAGGUGGCAAUCGAGGCCCAGGGUCUGGAGACACUGAUUGCUGCCACUCCUGAUGAGGGGGAAGAAGACCUGGAGUCAUUUUCUGGGAUGUCAGCUCUGCUGUUUGAUGUCCAGCUGCGGCCUGUCACGUUCUUCAAGGGUUACAGCGACCUCAUGUCCAAAAUGUUCUCCAUGACCGGAGACCCCAUCAAUGUCGUGAAGGGUCUAAUCCUGCUGUCUGAUCACUCCGAGGUCAUCCAGCUGCAGUCUGGUCUGAAGGCAAACGCUGAGUUUCAAGGAGGACUGGCCAUUGACAUUUCCGGGGGCAUGGAGAUCAGUCUGUGGUACAGGGAGUCCAAGACCAGUGUCAACAGCAGGGGAGCGUUAGCAUUCACUGGCAACGUCACUGUGGACAUGGACUUUCUGAGGGCGGGCGUGGAGGUCAGCUUUGAAACCGAGGCAUCGCUGGACUUCAUCACCACCGUCCAGUUCUCAGAAUACCCCUUCUUGAUCUGCAUUCAGAUGGACAAGAGCACCUUCCCAGUCAGGGAUUACAUGAACAAGUACGAGAGCCUGCCGUCAGGGAAGAGCGUCGUGUCGCGCAAGAGCAGAAAGCUGGUCAUCCCUGGCUCUGAAUUCCCUCUUCACCAGGAGAACUCAAACAUGUGCAAGAGAGUUUUCGGCUCCAGCUGGUAGAGAUGAGGCCGUGAACUGCCUGUAGGUUUUGUAAUAUAUUCAGGGACAGCUAUCGCACCUUGACUGCGACGGAGCAGGUAAAAGACUAAAGGAGGAAAAACGUGAAUGUUUUUUGUUUUUGUUUUUUUUGAACAACACAUGCAAUGUUUACAUUCUUGUGAGUAUUUAAGUAAUUUUAAUUCAACGUUUUGUUUCAAAUCAGGAAUUCUUGCGUUGUCUUUUUAUGGAUUUCUUUGAAAAUGUAUUUAUGAUGGGCACAUAUGUUUUAUUUGAAGUGUAAUACUCAGCAUGGAUAGAGCCACUGUAAUUUACCCCGACACAGUGAAGAGGAACAUGUCUGAACAUCCCUCUGGAAACACCAGAUGAAGUGAAUAGAAAUGCUCCUUUCUGUCAGCUUUCCCUUGUUGGAUAAUUAUGUUCAUAUGGACGACCAAUUUAUUGCUAUAUGUCACUUUAUCACUGUUGAAACACUUACGAACCAGGGUAUUGUCAUCAAUUAAUAACAUUUUUUUAUAAUCUCGUUGGCGAUUUUGGGGAGAAUUGUUCCUGCGAUAAGAUGAAAGCUCUGUGUGUUGUCUUUACUUUGUGCGUACAAGAUUUGAGAUGAAGAUCUAAUCUAAAAAAAAAAACUUAAUUUUUUUUUUUUUUUGUACCUGGAUGUAAUUGCUGUGCGUCUGAAAAUGUUUCACAGAACUCCUGUUUCCAUAUUUAGGAAUCUUUUAGAUCUGUAAUUGGCUGACAAUAAAUGUGCACUGGAGACUUUU